UCCUAACCCUAAUCUCUCCCCCUUUCUGUCUCUCUCUUGGGUUGUCAACUGCGUCUGCGAAGAUGCAGAUCUUCGUGAAGACCCUAACGGGGAAGACGAUCACCCUCGAGGUGGAGUCUUCCGACACCAUCGACAACGUGAAGGCGAAGAUCCAGGACAAGGAGGGCAUCCCGCCGGAUCAGCAGCGCCUCAUCUUCGCCGGCAAGCAGCUCGAGGACGGCCGCACCCUCGCCGACUACAACAUCCAGAAGGAGUCCACGCUCCACCUCGUCCUCCGCCUUCGUGGUGGCGCCAAGAAGAGGAAGAAGAAGACCUACACCAAGCCCAAGAAGAUCAAGCACAAGAAGAAGAAGGUCAAGCUCGCGGUCCUCCAAUUCUACAAGGUCGACGACUCCGGCAAGGUACAGAGGCUCCGGAAGGAGUGCCCGAACGCUGACUGCGGCGCCGGAACUUUCAUGGCCAACCAUUUUGACCGGCAUUAUUGCGGCAAGUGCGGGCUCACCUAUGUCUACCAGAAGGCUGGAGGCGAUUAGUGCGGAAUAGUGUCUUCUCGUUGUCUUUUUAUUUAAUAGAUUCGAUCGCAAGAAGCGAUUUUAGGGUCUCUCUUUGAGUUUAUUAGCGAGAAUUGUUCUCUUUUGAGACAUCCAUGAACUGGUUUUUCUUUAAUGAGUAUGAUACUCUUGAGUUUGUUUAAUAAAUUUUGUUUUUUAGUAA